AUGUCAAUUGUUGGAGAUCCUCACUCAAGCACACUGACUCAAUCACAACUGGAGGAUCUGAAUACAAGCCACAAAGCCGUAUACACACCCCAGCCAGACUCAAAGGCUCUACCAGUGGUGGUGGAGAAGGAUCAAUCCAAAGUUCCUUUUGUUGCGGUUCAACGUUCUAAAACAAUGCAAGAGAAAAGGGAUGGAGCUGAAACGAGUAGGCAUGGAGCUCGGCGUAAUAAGAAGAGGGGCCAGGAGUUGGCUUUGGUUGAUGAGCUGGUUAUCCAGAAUCAAGGUGGAGGGGCUGCAGGCCGUCGCCUUACUCGGAUUCAGUGUCCGUGGAUGUUAAUUGGUGAUUUCAAUUCUUACUUGUUCUCGCAUGAGAAGCGUGGCCCAAUUAGAUACAAUGUGGGGUCUUCAGAGGAAUUUGUUGCAAUGAUGGAUUCAACAUCGUUGAUGUCUAUCCCAUCGUCUGGGUGCAAAUUUACGUGGUCCAACAUUAGGUGUGUUGGUAAUGUCCGAGCAGUUUUGGAUCGCAGUAUCUGUAAUGAAGAGUGGUUUCUUAAAUUUCCAGGCAGUGCUCAAUGGGUUCUUCCUCGAGGGUAUUCGGAUCAUUCACCUAUCGUUAUUUCUUGUUUUGAUGUGCCCCAUCUUGUAAACGUUCCUUUUCACAUACAGCAAUUUUGGGCAGAGCACUCUGAGUUUUGUGAUGUUGUGCGGGAGUCAUGGAACUCUCCUGUGACAGGGACACCUAUCUCUUGCGUUCAGGAAAUCCAAGGUCGUAUUGAAUUGGAAGGUUUCAAUGAGACCUUAUUUGAUCUUGAGCUUGCUGCUAAGGGUGAGUUCGAUAAAGCUAUAGCAAUGCAGGAGAAGUUAUGGACGGAACGGUCUAGAGAUAGAUGGGUGUAG